GCGAAGAGGAGAGAGAGGAGACGAGGAGGGCGAAGACGAUGCUGCGGCUGAGCAUAGCCGCCAGCAUGCAUAAAUAGGAAGAGUACGUCGAGUGCAUAGCCGUGUGCAACCCGGUGCUGGAGGAGAACCCGGCCAAUGUGAAAGCAUAUUACAGAAGAGGGUUUGGCAUACAUCAGCACGGGGGAUUUGGACGAAGCACGGGCUGAUUUAAAAAAGACGAUGGAAAGUGACCCGUCAUCUGGACCAGGUGCGAAGGCGGGGAGCAGUUCAAUCGCUCGUCGGUCGAAAACUGUCGAUAAUCCGACGGCGGUGGGAGGAGGGCUUCGUUACGGAGGAGGAGGGGAAGGGGUGAAGAGUGGGGCGGUGAUAACCGUGGGCCGGAAAAGUUCAGGUCGGAAUGGAGGUGAUGGGAAGGAGGACAACGACUGGGAAGAACGUGGAGAAUUUCUGGAGGAGGGCACGGACCUGACGUGGAGGGCUGAUGGGAAGGAGAAGGACGAAUGGGGAGAAUAUUCAAAAUGGGGGAAGGACGGCGAGGACGAGCACAGGAAGGUCAGGAAGGCAAAGGGCGAAGGGGAAUGCAGCAUCAUCAGGGGAACGAAGCAUCAUCAGGAGUCAGCGGCCGGGGUGGCGGGGGGUGGGCUGGUUGGAGCCGUCACAUCGGCUGAUCGGCUGUGAAAUGGGCGUCGACUAGAUUCGUUGGAUCAUGAUGAGAAUGGACCGAAAUUUAAACAAAAAGAAAAAAAAGAG